AACGAAACGUGAAUAGAUGAAUUUGACGGCAGUGUACGUGACUGAAUAACUAGUGAAAAAUAAACACGUGUUUAGUAAAUUGUGUGAACACUAUCUAAAAAAAUUAAUUGAAAGUUGCAACGAGACUAAGAGAAUAAAACAUAAAUGCAUCUACAUGUCUAUAUACAUAUGUAUCUUUCAUUAACAGCAUCACCGUACGAGCCUACAGGGAUAUUGUGCAUGCCGCACAUAUUCUCCUAGUGCUUGACAUUUCUUAGUUAUGUUAAUGCGUUUGUAAAUAUGUAAAUACUAAGCAUAUAAUUAUAAGGCGAACAAAGUGAACAGGAAUUGAUAGUUUACCCAAAAUUAUAAACAAAUAGAAAUCAAAAAAUAAACAAGAAAUAUUUGUUUUUUUUUUUUUGCUCUCUUAAUGUACGCUACUAAUAGUAUCCUGUGUGUACACUUAGCAAAAAUUAAAUGUGGCAUUUAUUACAGAGAAUCUUUAUUCUCGUAAAAUUUUAUUCUUGUAAAGUCAAUUUAUUCAUCAAAGUUUAAAAGCAAAACCGAACUGUGAAACGAAAAUCAAAACAAAUACUGGACCAAAACUAAACCUUUUAUCUCACUUUCUUAAAAAAGAAUGAAAAAAUAAAAAGAUUUUAGUGACAACGAUAAUUGUGAACAAAACGCUUAUUGUGCACAGACUGCAACACAACCUAUUUUAGAAGCUUAAUUAACAUUUACCUCAAACUGAACCAGCAACAGAAGUCGCUUUUUGUGCAUAUACUUACUCUUCGAAAUAAAAAACAACAAUAGAACAACAACAAGAGCAAAAACUAACGAUUUGUUCCAUCCAAGGAAAAACACAAAAAUGUCAUUUAAAGAAGCGUUGACUGAAGUAAACAUAAACAUCAUAUCCGCAAAGACGCUAAGUGGUACAGUGACUGCAACGACUUUGCCGGAAAUUCGCGACUAUUUGGAUGAACUCGAUAUGGUUAAUUUGGCCACGUACAAUUAUUUGAUAAGCGAUGGUUUGCUAUUUAUGGAUAUGGAGGAAGCCAUCGCCAAUGGUAGCAAUAAAAGCGAUAACUUUCCCAUAUUUAACAAAGGCAAUUACAGUGGAAAUGAAACCGAUGAUAUGACAGAGAUAGGCGCUGAAGAAAAUGACUUGCUGCUGCCGCAAGAUGUUAUUGUAUUGUUGAAGAUAAUCGCUAUGUCGAUUGCUCUUGGUUUAAUGAUACUCAUCACCAUAAUUGGAAACGUUUUUGUAAUUGCGGCCAUAAUACUAGAGCGCAACUUGCAAAAUGUUGCUAAUUAUCUGGUCGUCUCAUUGGCAGUAGCAGACUUAUUUGUUGCUUGUCUAGUUAUGCCAUUGGGUGCCGUAUACGAGAUUAGCAAAGGUUGGAUACUGGGACCGGAAUUGUGCGACAUUUGGACUUCAUGCGAUGUUCUCUGCUGUACAGCAUCCAUAUUGCAUUUAGUAGCUAUAGCGGCAGAUAGGUAUUGGACCGUCACGAAUAUUGAUUAUCACAAUUUGCGAACUCCACGGCGCAUAUUCUGCAUGAUAUUUACUGUAUGGUUUUUUGCUGUGAUCGUCUCGCUGGCACCACAGUUCGGUUGGAAAGAUCCCGAAUACAUGGAUCGAAUUGAGAAACAAAAAUGUAUGGUCUCGCAAGAUGUUGCCUAUCAGAUUUUUGCUACAUGUUGCUCAUUCUAUGUCCCACUACUAGUAAUAUUAGUAUUAUAUUGGAAAAUCUAUAAAAUUGCACGCAAACGUAUCAAACGUCGUACCCAGCGGUUACGGUCUGCAGCUGCUAAGACAAAAGAGCCGGAUCUAGACAGCAAAAAGGAAAGGAAACGUUUGAAAAUUUGCUUCACUAAGAAUGUCUCGACUGAGAAGGCAACUGGCAGUAGCAUUGCUUUUAAUUACGCAGGCAGCUCAAAUUUAAAUGUGAGAGAGGAAACGGAAUUCAGUACCAGUAAUUACGAUAGUAAAAGUCAUGCUGGCACCGAUUUAACCACAGUGUCAGAUGAGAAUGCCGCCGUCAACGCGAAUGAAGAACGUUCACCCAUGCCUAUGGAAGUAUCAACGGUGUCACAGCAAGUGGCGGCAACUACAUCAAAAUUUCAACAGCAUGUUACCGCAAUCGUACUGAAUUCGGUAAGUCCGCGUUCUUCUGCGGCCGCGAACAACAAAGAACAAAUCACUUCACAUUCAACGAAUCCACACCAAAGACUGGCUAAACGACGUCAACAAAUUGAAGCAAAACGUGAACGCAAGGCAGCGCAAACUUUGGCCAUUAUUACGGGAGCAUUUGUUGUUUGCUGGUUGCCGUUCUUUGUUAUGGCCUUGCUGUUAUCGUUGUGUAAAACUUGCGAAAUCAAUGAAACCGUUGCAUCAUUCUUCCUUUGGUUGGGUUAUUUAAAUUCAACUCUCAAUCCCAUCAUUUACACUAUUUUCAACCCAGAGUUUCGACGUGCCUUUCAACGGUUACUCUUUGGCAAGAGUCACAUAACCGCAACUCAAGGCAAGAGAGGCAGUGCUAAUAUAUGAUCUUAGCUAAAACGGGGCCCUCCGCCCAGCGUAAUGGUAACUGAAUACAGUUGUGCAUAAUGCUCAAGCCAUCACAAGCAUACGAAUUAGGCGAACAAUAACUUCCAUUUUGCCAUUCGCAAAGAACAAUCAUUGUAUAUAUCUAGACUGAGAGAGAGAGAAGGAGAGAGGAAAAGUAACAAAUCCAUGUGGCUUGCAAGUCUGACUGAUGAUUUGGACAAUCUUCCCAUACCCCACAUAAUUGCCUUUAUUUCAAUUAUUUACUGUAAAUAUACAACGCGCAUAAAUGUUCUUGACCAAGUGUACAUAAACUGUUAUAUCUUCCCUUUAAUGCCUGCGAAGGUGUAAAUACUGCUUUCAUUUAAAAAAGAUUUCGUUAAAUUUUUUAUGAAAAAAGGAAUAUCGCCUAUUUAUGUAAACCCGGUGUAUUUAUAAUAGUUCACAGCACUUUAGCACACUGCUAGUAAUAGAAAAAAAUAAAACAAAAAAACAUUAAAAAGAUAAUACUACACUAAAAGAAAGAAUUUAAAUUUUGCACACAUUUUAGGUAAAAUUUUAUUUUGCUAGCAAUAAAUAUGUCUUACCGUCGAACUUAAAAUCAAUAGAGAAUAAAGGGAGGAAUAGAUAUGUGCAUGUUUAGGACACUCCUGGUACUACAGGCGACAUAAAUAAUUCAGCAUAAAUUUGGUGCAAGGGCAAGACUGAUAGGCGCAGCAUCACAGAGCCAUCACAUUUUUCUUUACUACACAACAGAAUUCCUAUUAGCGACUUUUAUUUUCAUAAUUGCAUUGAACUAUGAAACGUACAAUUUAUAAUAGAAGCUAUGACAAGAAAACACAUAAUUUUCUUACAUAUGUCGAGAUGCAAGUCUAUAUGAGCAGUGGUUGAAAAAGUGGCCCAAUCCCAGCCGUUUGAACACCGUUAGUUCUUGUACCAAAGCACCGGAUUUUCUCAAAAUAUCUCUAAAAUUGCGGUCGCUAGGUUGAACACAAAAAUCGCACGGACAAGUUUAGAUUAAUUCAUAAAAUAAUUCUGUGCCCAUCGGUACAAUAAAAAGUGAGUCCAUCCCAACCACUUCUGUUUGUUGUAUACAUCCGCACAAGCUUAAUGCUAUUUGUUUAUUUAUUUAUUCAUUUCAUUUGACAAUUACACUUUUAGCCAUAUCAAGCAACACUCUUAUAGCUGCUAAGGAGCUCAAAUGAUGAUCGAACGCACAGCAAAGUUAACAGUUUUCAGUACUCAAAGUAGGCAAGGCAAACAUAAGUCUAUGUAACAUAAUUACAUAGUCACUUAUAACGUAUGGUUUACCGCACUGAGGUACGAAUGUGCGAUCACCGACUUGGCAGCCACGCGUUUAUCCACUGCAUCAUGCCGUAGCCUUAUCUUAUUGUUUUCUAAGUUGUUCCGUCUAUUGAAAUCGUCACGAUUAAAAAAUAAGUUUAUAGUUCUUUAUAUCCUUGCUCGUGGAGUUCGAACUUCACCUUAACGCAUAGCGAAAGAUUUCAAUUUCGUAAGCGUGAACAUUAUUGUUUUCUCACCACAAUUUUCAGACUCUGUAAAGUUUAAUGUAAUUAAAAUACGUGGCAAUUAUGAACAUAUAAUCCGUCUCUUUGCUCAGAAUUAGGUUGACUUGAUUCGAUUCGUAUGUAAUUGUUUCCAAAAUGAUUUUCUUUUUUUUCACUUCUUCCUCCGCAAUUCAUUCCAAUACACUGACUGACCUGUUUUUUUCCGUUUUUCUUUUAAGAUUAUAAAGGUAAAUACAGUCUCGUAAGCUUAAAAUUGCUCGUAAUUUUUUUGCAAAUCUAUCAAUUCAUAAAAGCAAACUUUCAACGAUUUUUUUAUAUUUUUGGACAUAAUUGAAAAUGAAAAAUAAGAAGAGGCAAUAUUAUAUAUCAAGUGAAAGCGUAUAGUAGUUUUAAUAUAUUAAUUUAAAAGAAAUUGACCUUGGUUUUAGCCAAAGAAUUCCUUGGUUUUUCGAAAUAAUCUCCCAAGAAUUACCUAUAAAACGGCUAUAUAAAGCGGCUACACUCAGAAAUUAAAUUAAAUUUAUCUGAAUGAAUUGCAUCCAUAGUGAUGACAGCUGUUUAUGGUGUUUGUUUAUUUCCAACAAUGGUAAAUAAAAUUUAAAAUUAUAAUUAAAUAGCAUUUUAUUUGCAUAAAUAGUUAACAAUUUUUAAUCAUAUAAUGCACACUUCAACGAAAUACAGGUAAAGUGCGCUUUUAUUUAAGGAGAUGAAAAAAUCUCUCAUAAAAUUUCAUACUGGAACGGUUUAAUUUAUAAUCACCUAAAAUACACCGAUCAUUGCACAUACAUAUGUUGCAAUUACUGAAUCGCUUGUCACUUUUUAAUAAUUCCUACUUAUUUCUGAACUCUAAGGUAAAUCAAAAUCUAUACAUACUUUCACAUCCAGACUACUUUUCGAUGCUCAUCAUUUAUCAUCGCUCAGUUCCUUAGCAAUGGCGGACGUCUUGUUGCACAUUAUUGAUUAAUUCUAACCUUGACAGUGUCUUACGGAAACUUAUGUACGCAGCAACACACUACAAUUGAGGGAAUUCUGUUGAGAAUUAUGUUGAGAAAUUGAUUUCUAUUGCUAAUAUAAAUUUUUGCAUGUAGCACUUAAUAUGAAAACAUGAAUCUCACCCGGCUGGCUAACUUAACUUCAAUGUGUUACUAAAGAAAACAAUGUAAUGAAAAAUAUUUGUCGGCAAAAGCGGUGUGCAUUUCGUGGGUGUUUGCAAGCAAAUUCCAAUCAUUUUCAAAGAUAA